GAAUGUGUCAUUUUAUGUUAACUAGGUAUAACUAGUGAACCUGAUUAACUUCAUUCUCUUUCUUUAAAAUUUCUUAAAAUGAUAAUUCAAUUAACAUAAGAUAGUAGAUAAUCAAAUAUUUACGUAUGUGACGUAUGUGAUAAGCAAAUAUUUUUAUAUUGAGAUUAUGCCUUGAGUACCUGUUUGUAAUAUUAAGAAUGGAUCAAAAUCAUACCAGACGGAAUGAUUUGGAUAUUGAUAGCUUUCGCGGUGAUUUGGAACCAGGGCUUGACAGAACUCGUAUGAGACGACAGUCGGGUGGUUUUGUGGAUUUAGGCAAUGAAUCACAAUAUGGUACAGGUGGACAUCAAGCUUCUGGCGCGAACGAGAUAUUUGCCGAUAUACAGGGUGAUAUUCCAUGGUGGAAAUCAAACUUUUUCAUAUCACAGCCUGUUCUAUUUGGGACAUGGGAUGGAGUAUUUACAUCAUGCCUAAUUAACAUUUUUGGUGUGAUUGUUUUUCUAAGAUCGGGUUGGAUUGUUGGACAAGCUGGCCUUGUAAAUGCAAUAUUCAUAGUCAUAUUUACAGUAUUUGUGGCUCUGAUCUCAGUACUUUCUGCUGUAGGAAUAUGUGAAAGAUGUAGAAUAGAAAGUGGUGGGGUUUACUUCUUACUGGCACAUACACUUGGAUCUAGGUUGGGCGGAGCUUUGGGCAUCAUCUAUUGUUUUGGCCAGGCUGUCGGAUGUGCCCUGAAUGUGUUUGGUUUUGGAGAGUCAAUGGCAACCUUAGUGGGUGCAGAUAACACCUGGGCGGCGCGCGGGUUUGCCGUCGCAGCAGUCCUCUUAUUGGGCACCAUCAAUGUGGCCGGAGUCAAAUGGGUCAUUAAACUGCAAUUUGUACUUCUAUUGGUCAUACUUCUAGCUGCUCUCGACUUCUUUGUGGGUUCUUUCACUAUGGACACAGAUGCAAAAUUUCAAGGUUGGCUCAGUGGUGUGAUAAGCAAUAACACAUGGUCAAAUUACCAAGAUGACUACACUUGGUUCAAAUGUUUUGGUGUGUUCUUCCCCACCAUCACUGGCAUACUGGCGGGCAUCAACAUGAGUGGCGACUUGAAAAAUCCCUCCAUUAAUAUCCCAAAUGGUUCAUUGGCUGCGAUUAGCACUGGCACAUUCUUAUACCUAAUGUUUAUAAUAACAUUAGCGGCGACGGUGACUCGAGACACGCUGUUGAGCGAGUUCUCGAUAGCGGCCGACAUCUCCGCAGUGAAGGUGCUGCUGCUGGCCGGGCUCUACGUCAGCUCCAUGAGCUCGUGCCUCGGAGCCAUGUACGGGACCCCCCGGGUGCUGCAGAGCAUUGCCAAUGAGAAGGUCAUCCCUGGGCUACAAGCCUUGGGGCAUGGGAGAGGUCCGAAUAAGGUGCCCAUUUAUUCCAUGGUAGUAGUAGCUAUAGUGACGGUGACGUUCAUCAUCAUCGGCGACAUCAACAAGCUCGCGCCCAUCGUCACCAUGCCCUUCCUCAUCACCUACGCUAGCAUUGACUACUCUUAUUUUGCACUCGCUCAAACUUUUGAUUUACAACAUAGACGUGAAAUGAGGUUUCAGGGGCAUUCGCAGCGAGAUACACAUGUAUACGGUGCCACCGGCAGUGACCUUGAUUUGUUGUUCCCGGAGAGGAUACGGCAUAAAAAUGUUGGCGAUUUCACGCCGUCGCCGACGGAGCCGGCCACACUGGGUGGGCGCAGAGCCAACGCCGGCGUGCACUCCAAGAACACCAACUGGUACUCGCAUCUCUGCAACCGCUGGCUGUCGCUCGCUGGGGUGGCAAUAAAGCUGCUGCUGAUGUUCCUGGUGCACUGGGCGUACGCGCUGGGCUGCGUGCUGCUGCUGUGGCUGUGCUGGCUCUAUAUCGGCGCCGCCAACCCCGCCGUCAAGCCCGGCCGGGCUUCCGAGUUCCACUUCUUCCACUGGCUCAAAAUUUCCUUCUUGCAGGCUAUUGGAAAACGUCCUCUGGAAUAUGAGCAGCUGGUGGUGACGCCGGUGCACGCGGACAUCCCGACGCAGCAGGAGCGCCUCAACGACGACAACGAGGACUUCGCCUCGCGCCGCCGCUACCACCAGUCCACGGCGCUGCACGGCCGGCUGGUGGACGUCUACAACGACGCUAGACCCACUUUGACGUAGAAAUAUAUGUGUUAUUCCACUGGUUAAGAUUCCAUGGGAAUUAUUCCACUUAAAGCGCCUGGCUAAAUCACCCAGCACCUGAGGCAAGGUGUCUUAGUCGACUUGAGAUUUUAUAUAAAAUAGUGACGCCCCCUUAGUAGGUGUCCACCACUCAUUUAAUUCGAAGAUGAACCUCGGCAUGGAGGGCAGUCGCUUACGACGUAUUGUGCGCGUCACUACAUUGUAUAAAACAGAGUUGCUUCCCGCUGUCUGUCCUUGUGUAUGCUUAGAUGUUUAAAACUACGAAACGAAUUUUGAUGCAGAUUUUUUAAUAGAUAGGAAUCCUGAAGAAGGUUUAGUGUACGUUUUUAUACGAGCGAAGCCAGGACCGGGCGGCAAAUCUUUAUAAAAAUAAGUAAGUGAAACGUCGCGACUUCAUCGAUUUUUAAUUACCCAUAAUUUCUGUAAUAUGCUACUCAAAAACUUGUGGAACAUCACAUAUACUUAAAUAACUUUUCUACUUUUGACGAAAUAGAUUUGUGUGAUUUAUCGCCAGGAAAAGUUGCUGCAUUCAUAAUAAUAUACACUUUGGGAGUUGAAAGAUUGACCUCAGAUAAUUUCAGUACAGUUCUAAAUCAGCAAUCACUUCUAAAUGACCACUUUAGUUUUUAUUAAUUGUAAUUGCUGUUCACUAAUUUAAUCAAUUUGUAUUUUACUAACAAUCAAAAGACUAAGAUACUCCCGAAGCUAAGAUUAAAAUAAUUUUCUAAAAUAGAAUAUUGAAUGUUUAAGUGUGUAUUUAUUUUUAUAAUUAUUAUUUGUAAUGACAAUAAAAUAUGAUUUUAUCUAA